UGUUGAUUUGCGGCCUCCAUUUCCAACUCCAAUCCUUUGUCGGCAGCCUGUGUUAGUGUUUGCUGAUGUCCGCUCCUUGACCUCACUCAAUCGACUACCUGCAAAAGGCAUUGUUCGCUUCGCUCCUUGACAUUUCAUUCGACUUCGAUUCUUCUACCUCGAUUUCCUGGAUACCCACUUUCUUACUAUCUUAUCAUCGUUCCGACUUGACGAUCACUCGUUCCUUCGCUCUUUCGCACCUUUCGCAUCCCAUCGCAUCUGAGUAUCGCGGUUCACGGGCCAAAUCACAAGCCCAUUCGAGUGUCGUGCAGGCAGGCAUCUCGAUCCAUUCUCACACACCACAAUAAUUCACUCUAUAGCGCCGCGCCGCCUUAUUACUCGACCUACUGAAACUCACGUGCCCUGCGGGGUGAAUAGUCACCAUGACCAGCCAUGGUGUUUCCAAACAUGGCCGUUACGAACGUUUACUGAGGAAGCACCGGUUAGAUACACGGGUAAAUGGCGAUCAGGGACCAACGGUGGUUGGCGACCAUCCUGCUACCCCAGGACAGACCACACGGCCCAAGAAUUUAAAUGAGGGCUGGGAAGCACUUCGCGAAAAGCGCCAGCAGGACGAUAGCCCGUCAAACAUACCAGUGUUACCCAAUCCGCAAACUAUGCUCUCCGCCGACUCUGACCCGGUACCGACUACAGCUACGGAGGAGAAGGCGCCUGCUGCUGAGCCGACGAACACUUCCGAUUCAGAUAAGGAUGCAGUACAGGCUCCCGAGACGACGGAUUCUGGCGACGCUCCAACCACGGUGACCAAGGUGACGCAGAUAACCACCAUUGUUCCUUAUCCCACUGAAGAUGCAACCGCAGACUCUGCCACGGAAGAAGCGGCCACUGCCACAGCGACAGGCCAAGAUGCCCCAGAACCUUCAUUUGAACCGACUUCGACGAUGACGAACCUUCAAAUUGCGGCUGCUGCAGAAACAACGUCGAACAUGGAGACUUCCGCGGAACAGACUUCUGCAGAAGCGUUGACAGGGACCGCCACAGAGUCGGCUUCUGAAGAAACACCGACAGUUGCAACAACAGAAGGCCUAACACAAUCCAUGACUGACGAUGCAUCAGUGGCAGCAUCGCUGUCGGAGGCCGCGACUGAGGCUAUUGGGAUACUUACUUCGCUUUCAUCUGAUAUUGCAAGUAUAACCGCCGCGACAAACGACAUACCAUCUACUUCCGACCCUAACUCUACCCCGACAGCUUCUACAACUGGCACUACAUCUGAUUCUAUUAGCCAGACUUCCGAUUCCACAAACACCACCCCCGAUUUCAUAGGCUCGAGCCUGGACCUGGCGACUGCUAUAGCUUCUCAGUCACCUUCUGAAACCAGCACGCAAUCUGUCCUGGACACUGCCACAAGCUCCAACUCCAGUUCUAGUUCUGAUACAAGCACUGACUCCACCGACUCCACCACUGCCUCUACAUCAACCUCAUCGGUAGCGAGUCCUACGACUACAACCGGUUCUAAUACGUUUGAUGGGUCAGGCACAUACUCCGAUUCACCGUCUUCCACUAGCUCCGGUUGGGGCGCUGGUAAUACUGGUACCCACGGUAGUGACAGCAACUCAGAAAAUACAGGAGCCUCGCCCGGUUCUGAUACUUCAUCUGACUCAGGGUCCGGCUCACUAAGUCCACAAACCACAGGUAGAAUAGUCGGAGGGGUCGUUGGCGGCGUAGCAGGAGCUUCUGUCAUAUUCGUGCUAAUCUGGUUUCUGCUCCGACGGCGCAGAAAGACCGGUUUCUUCUUCGGCUCGCCGGCCAACAGGUCAAUAGCGGAUGACGGAGGCGGAGGCGGUCUUAUCGGACCAGUAGCUUCCUCAAGGAGAGAAAUGGUCUCGCGCGACUCAAAUAACGACAGCAUGUUCGGUGCAACGUACUUCGCCCCAGCAUUCAUGAAACGCUGGCGACAGUCGCAAAUGUCCACCGGCGAAGAAAGCCUAGCAAGCACAGCCCCAUCCAGCGAGCGCGGCUUCCAGAAGGUCUCCGGCCGCAAACUCCCAACCGGCAUGCACCCAGACGAUUUCGACUAUAGCAGCAGCUAUGGCGGUGGAAGCUACCUGGAAGCAGGAUCACCCACAGACCCAACACCCGACCUCAGCCCAACCCUUCCACCAGUUAUCUCGCGACCUGGGUUCCCAUCACAGCAGCCACCCCCGCUGUCCAAUCCGUUCAGCGCGCCACUUGAUUCGAGGUAUACCCGCGAAGCACCAGAAGAGGACGUUGUCGUGAUGCGACCCUCGCCGGCGCGGAUACCAACGUCAGGCUCAGCAAAUGCGACCACAUGGGCUGAAGCCACUACGCGAACGUCCGGGAUGCCGAUGGCAUUCCCCAUGCCGCCGUCUGGCACUAGCCCGAUCGCGAUACCGAAACGGCCGGACGCGCUGGGGCGGAGUCACCCGAGUUACGAUGGGAGUCGGGGUAGUCGGUUUACUGAGAGUUUAUGACGAUGUUCAGUUAGUAUAUACCAUACCAUACUAAACAUGUAAUGUACAUAGCGGAUA